CCAACGUUCAAGACCAUGGAAGAGGAUCAAGUAGUCUAUUAUCUCCAAUUCAGUCCAAGUUUUCUGAAAAAAAGACUAGAUUACGUCUAUUGGAAGAAGAGUACAAAAGAAUCAAUGAUCGUUUCGAGCGGUUGAUGUCUAGUAGUAAAAAACUAGAAUCUGUUGAACAUUCGAUAUCAGAAAAUAAAGUAAAAAAUGGUGCAAUGCGUAAAAUAAUUGAAUCACGUCGAUUAGAAGUUGCUGAAGCCGAAAAAUAUUCUCGCAGAUUGGGUCGAACAAUCGAAAUAUUACGUCACAAUGGUGAUAAAUUUUUGAAUGAUCUGGAGACUACAAAAAAGGCUAUUUCUCAAGUUACAUCUCGUCUUAAACUUUCCGACUCAGAGCGUUCAAAGAUUCGGUGCGAAAUCAAGGAAGCAACUCAAAAAUCAAUUAUGCAGUUGAAGGAUCAUAUUUUCCCUUUCCAUUGUGAAAAUAGUUAUAUCACCUCCACUACAACCAACUCAGUAGAUACAACUUACUCUGAAAGUGAAGGUCCGCUCUUUAUUUCAGAAUCUGGAACGGAAUCCUUUUCAACAACCUGUUGUCCUCCCUCAAUGGGUUCAUGGGCCAAUGUUGAAUCUAAUUGUACUCGAUAUCUUAUCGUUGAACCAUGGAUUCCAAGAGAUUCAAUUGCUCGCGCCUACUGUCAUUGGUUAGAUAAGAUGAAAGAUCCUAUUAAACUUAGUCCUAUUGGCGAAACAGAUGGACUGGAUGGAAAAAUUCGUGAAAAUGAUUCUUAUCGAGUCUCUGCUGCCCUAUCAUACAUCACUCAAUUAUUAUCAGUUGCUUCCUACUACAUGGAUGCUCGGUUCCCUAAACGGCUCAAUUUUGUUGAAUUUUAUUCUAAGUGUAGUGAUUCAGGGCCCGAAAUUUUUCUUACUGACGAAGAGAUACUCCAUAAAGUUGCCAAAUUAAAUGCAAAUCUAAUUUAUCUAUGCCUUUCACAAAGAGUUGAUCCCCGUUAUUUGGAACCAACUUACACGGGUCAUAAUUUAACUUUACUUCUCAAUCCAAACUUUAGUAAUCUUGAUCAAGCUGGGCCAAUUUACAUUGACUCGGAAACUCACCGCCGUGUUGAAGAAUCCUUAUAUCCUGAUUAUAUUCUGGUUGAACCAUCUGAAAGUCAAGAUUUUUCCGAAGCAGAUGACAUCUUCGAUGAAGAAUGUAUUGGAAAUGAUUGGGAGUCAGUUACAUCGUCCAAUACAACUCCUUAUGUUGAUUUAUUCACUUCACAACAAACUACUAGUAUGACUGGUGGAAUUAUGUCAUCAAUUGCUGAAACUGCUCUUUAUGCUGUUACAUCGUUUAUCCGUAAAAAAUGAAUCAAUGAUUCUCAAUAUCUCAAUGAAAAAAUAUCUUCUAAAAAGACUACCCUUGUCCCUCCAAGCAUAUACUGCUUCUAAUAGAAAGUUAAACUCUAAUUGUAAAUUUGCUCUAUCAUCAUUCGUAUAAUAUUCAUCAUCAUCAUCAUCACCAACCUUAUCAUUUCUGCUUUCAGUAAACGUCUGAUGAUGAUAUCUUAAGCAGUCUCCCGGUGAUUUCAUUGUUAAACGAAAUUUAAAAUUGACCAGAUAAGUUUAUCAUAAAACAUUUUAUUUUAAUGUAUUCAUAAUCAUAUUCCCAAUUGGCUUAUUUGGCGUAUUACAACCGAACAAAAUGAUAUCUAGCAUUUUGACCUUUAUUUGGACUAUUAAACAUCAAUGUAAUAUUUGCUCUAUUGAGUUUAUUUGUUGAAUUAUGAAAAAUAAAUCUCAGCGUGUCAUCAGUUGAUAAUAAAAAUUUAA